UCUCCUCUCUCUCUCUCUCUCUCGUGAUUUUCCGUCAAUAUAUUUUUUUUUAAAAUUCCCGUGAAAAAGAAUAGAGAGGAACAAAAAAAGCAAGAAAAUACAAAUUUCAGAUACAGAACUUCUUCUAAUCUUCUGUUUUUUUUUUCCUCUGAAUUUUAUAUAAUACGAACAGACACACACAAACACUGUAUCUUUGCUUUUAUAUCUUCUCUCUCUCUCUACAGAGUAAAGUUCUGAUCGUGUCUCUUAUCGUUUACCCAAACCCAUCUUGAUCUCGUUUCUUGUUUUCUUCUGCCGUCGAGAUUUGUUCCUCGAAGUUUUCAGGUUGGACAUCUUUCUUAUGGUGGAGAAUGAUUGUCCCCAGUUUUUGAAGCAUGUGCCUUUAGAUUAGCAAUUAGAGGCUAUCCUUGUUUCCCCAAGAGGGGAUUGUAGAAAGAAAUUUGUUUUAAGCUGUUAGUUAAUGUGAUUAGUAACAUAAUCUCUGCUUUUAAGAAGGUAGGAGAAUAGGGAUUUUAGUAGGAGAAGGAUAGUGAAAAAAGAUUACAACUUUGUGAGAUGGGUAAUUAUCUGGGAAGGAAGAGGCAAGUGGUGGAAGAAAGGUACACAAAGCCACAAGGUUUGUAUGUGAAUAAAGAUGUCGACGUUAAAAAGCUUAGGAAACUGAUUGUAGAGUCAAAGCUUGCUCCUUGCUACCCUGGGGACGACGAAAGCUGCCACGAUCUUGAAGAAUGCCCAAUUUGCUUUCUGUACUAUCCUAGCCUCAAUAGAUCAAGAUGUUGCAUGAAAAGCAUUUGUACAGAGUGUUUUUUGCAAAUGAAGAAUCCUAAUUCAGCCCGGCCUACUCAGUGCCCCUUUUGUAAAACACCCAAUUAUGCUGUCGAGUACCGUGGAGUAAAGACAAAGGAGGAAAAGGGCAUUGAACAAGUUGAAGAGCAACGGGUUAUAGAAGCCAAAAUAAGGAUGAGGCAGAAAGAAAUGCAGGAUGAUGAAGAGAAAAUGCAGAAACGUAUGGAAUCAUGUUCCUCUAGCACAAGCGCAUUGACUGGUCAAAUGGAAUACGGUUCAGCUUCAGCUAUUUCUUAUAAUUCUUUUAUGGAAGACGCGGAUGUUGCUCCAUCGCAGAACGCGUCAGUUGUUAGACAGCGUUCCCGACCUCGAGGAAACAGGGAUGAUGAGGUUGAUGUUGACCUUGAAGAGUUAAUGGUCAUGGAAGCAAUAUGGCUCUCAGUCCAGGAAACAGGGAUGCAGAGAAAUUCAGCUUGUGGGGAGAUGACACCAUCUAGGCAGUACGUAUCAGAACAUCAUUACGUUAAUUCGCCACCUCGAGUGGCUCCAGUUAUAGAACCAGAAACAGCAUCUUCAUCAUCUGAUGGGCUUGCUUGUGCAAUCGCCGCACUUGCUGAACGACAACAAAUGGUUGGCGAAUCCUCCAGUCACAAUCACAAUCAAAACCACAACGUCAACGUUUCUCCAUACAGCAUGCUUCCCGGAAAUUGCGACAGUUACUACAACAUAGAACAAGAAAUAGAUGACAUUGACAACCAUCAUCAUCAUCAUCAUCAGCAUUACAAUAACAACACCGAGAUGGGAGAAACAGGGAGCAAUAGCUAUGUAAGCUCUUACAUGAACGGCGAGAGCUUCCACAACUUUCCUCCUCCUCCUCCUCCUCCUCUGGUCAUUGUUCCAGAGAGUUUUGAGGAGCAGAUGAUGAUGGCUAUGGCUGUGUCUUUAGCAGAGGUUCAUGCCACGACCACAAGUGCACCAACUGAAGUUACUUGGCAAUAAAUAGGGUAAUAAUGGAAACUCAUGGGUCUGAAUAUGAAAAUGAAUAUGAAUCUGAAUCUGAUGAUAUUUUUACUUCAUUCAUAUAAUGUACGUUCCUAUAGGAAGAAAGAAAAAAAACAGAAUCUCCAGUUUUUAAUAGAAAAAGUUGUGCUGUGUUUAGGCUUCUUAUGUUAUAUCUCUAUGGUUCCUCUUUUCGAUCUUCGUAGACAAAUAGUGAAGAAGAUCACAUG